AUGGGAUUCUGUUAAACGGAAACCGCGCUGUAAGAGUACCGCGUUAUGGGAGGGCUGUCGCAAUUUCAGCUCCGCGUUAGAAACCGCGUUCUGAGAGUACCGCGUUAUAGGAGGGUUGACUGUAUUUGCUAAUCUUUGAAAAUUAAUUAUCGUUUCAAACAGCUGAUGAAGGAGAUAUGCAUUUAUUUUCCUCAAAAGUAUGAUAAAGGAACAGUGUUUUUUUUGACAUGGAUAUGUUAUGGCUGGGGGUCAGUCCGAAAGUUUAACAAGGAAAAUGUUACCACGGCCGUGCGUGUGUGCACUGUUUACCAAGGUUACGCGAGAACGAAUUGGUGGGCAGGUGUUUUUAAAGUCAAAAUAAGGGCUUAACCGCUUUUGACGCAUGUGACGCGACGCGAUUGACGCUUUUGACGCAUGUGACGUGACGCUUUUGACGCUUAUGACGCGACGCGAAUGAUUCUUAUGACGCGACGCGAUUGAUUCUUAUGACGCGUCGCGAUUGACAUCUGUGACGCGACACGAUUGACGCUUAUGACGCGACGCGAUUGAUUCUUGUGACGCUAAGCGUUAAAACGCGCGAAUAUAUUUCGUAUUUCAGUACCCAACGUCCAACUAGCCGUACUGAUUCCAAUGCUGUUGAAUAGUUGUAUUAGUAGCCGGUAGAUGAUGUUUGUGAGAGGGCGGUCGGUGGCGCCCUCAACGGCGGUCGGUGGAACGGCCCGAUUUCUCAUUCUGGCUUCGCCUUCAUCCGUGUCGCGUCGGACCCGCCGCCGCCUCGGGACUCACCGCCUCCAACUGUCAAAGAUCGGAAAACGGGCCGGAGCCGCCGCCCCAGACGCCCGCGCCCGCGCCCGCCACCCCCGGUAAAAGGCCGACCAGCCAAGACGGAGUGCACGGACGGUAACCUCCGGCUCUACAGGAAGCGGAAUCGCUACGUAUCGCGAGAUAUGCCUCUGGCCGGCCUCACCGACCCCGUCGACCCUUGGCACCAGAUUCAGCUCAAACAAGAACUGGAGGUAUGUCUUAAUGCCGAUGUAUGGGGAGGUUCUAGGGCGUCAAAUGGUGCCAAUAAAAAAAGGAGGGUCGACAAAUAUGCGCCAAGCAGCGAGGAAAUGAUUAUCGAACAGCCGCACAACCAGGAUGACAAGGUGUCGAGCUCAGGGAGUCUGGAACACGAAUACGAGCUAAAGGAUGUCGUCAAGGAAGGACACGACCGAGCGGACCCAUCGCAGUUCGAGCUGCUCAAAGUCCUAGGACAGGGUUCGUUCGGCAAGGUCUUCCUUGUAAAGAAGAUAGUCGGGGCUGACAGCGGUACACUCUAUGCUAUGAAAGUGCUGAAAAAAGCCACUUUAAAAGUUCGUGAUAGAAUGAGAACGAAAAUGGAGAGAAACAUCCUGGUUGACGUGAGGCACCCAUUCAUCGUCCGUUUGCAUUAUGCUUUUCAGACUGAAGGAAAACUUUACUUGAUUCUAGACUUCUUAAGAGGCGGUGAUCUUUUCUCACGAUUAUCAAAAGAGUUGAUGUUCACUGAAGAAGAUGUCAAAUUCUACCUAGCUGAGUUGGCGCUGGCGCUCAACCACUUACACAGCCUUGGUAUAAUUUACAGAGACUUGAAACCAGAAAAUAUUCUUCUUGACCAAGAUGGUCAUAUAUCAUUGACAGACUUCGGGUUAAGCAAGCAACCGAUCGAUGACCAGAAGGCUUACUCUUUCUGCGGAACCGUUGAAUACAUGGCUCCGGAGGUUGUGAACAGGAAAGGCCAUUCCUUUGCCGCAGACUGGUGGUCCUAUGGAGUCCUCAUGUUUGAGAUGUUGACCGGUGCGUUGCCAUUUCAAGGAUCUAACAGAAAGGAGACAAUGACACAGAUCUUAAAAGCGAAACUCGGCAUGCCGCCGCACCUUUCAAUGGAAGCGCAGAGCCUCCUGAGGGUCUUGUUCAAAAGAAAUCCAGCCAAUAGGCUCGGCGCAGGUCCAGAUGGAGUCAAUGAAAUUAAAAACCAUUCUUUCUUCGCGACCAUCGACUGGGACAAACUAGUCAAAAAGGCCAUACAGCCUCCAUUCAAGCCAGCCCAAAGAGCUGAUGAUGUCUUUUAUUUUGAUUCAGAAUUCACAUUGAAAUCCCCUAAAGAUUCACCCGGAGUACCUCCAAGUGCCAACGCUCAUGAGCUGUUCAGAGGGUUCAGUUUCAUCGCUCCUUGUUUGCUGGAGCCCGAGCCCAACAAUCAGAAUAGGAUCGAACCGCUCACUCGGAUGCCGUUUUCCAAACAAACCAAUAUAAACGAUGAGUAUGAACUGAGAGAAGAAAUAGGAAGAGGUAGUUACUCCGUUUGCCGCCUGGCCAUCCACAGAGUUUCUAGGUCGGAAUGCGCUAUCAAAGUGAUCGACAAAUCAAAAAGGGACUGCCAGGAAGAAGUAGACAUUUUAUUAAGAUACAGAGGUCAUCCAAAUAUAGUAACAUUAAGAGAAGUUUAUGAAGAUGAUAAUAGUGUUUAUUUGGUAAUGGAAUUGAUGAGAGGUGGAGAAUUGCUAGACAGGAUUCUCAGGCUGAAAGCGUUUUCAGAGCGAGAAGCAUCUGCGAUAAUGCAUACUGUCAUCUCGACAGUCGGUUAUCUUCACCAGCACGGGGUAGUCCAUAGAGAUUUGAAACCGAGCAAUUUAUUGUACGCUACAGAAACUGCAAACCCCGAAGCGCUCAGGCUCUGCGAUUUCGGCUUUGCAAAACAGUUACGGGCAGAAAACGGACUUCUGAUGACUCCGUGUUACACAGCAAACUUCGUCGCACCUGAAGUCCUUAAAAAACAAGGCUACGAUGCAGCCUGUGACAUUUGGUCUCUUGGCAUUCUCCUCUACACGCUUUUGGCAGGAAAAACACCCUUUGCAAAUAGCCCAACAGACACUCCAACUGAUAUUUUGCAGAGGAUAGGUGACAGCAAAAUCGACCUGGAAAGUGAAAACUGGGUCCAUAUAUCAACUGAAGCUAAGGAAUUGGUGAAAAAGAUGCUUCACGUGGACCCGGGCAAGAGGCCGACUGCGGGCGUUCUUCUGUCGGAACCGUGGCUGACUCAGAGGCAUCGACUCCCCGCCGUCAGACUCGUCUGUGUAGCUUCAGCGGAUGUCAAAGCCGCCGUCGCAGCGACCUACAAAGCAAUAGGCUUGCAAACACCUAACCUCGGUCCAGUCGUUAUGAGCGAUCUCGCUCGUCGCAGGAAAAAAUCUCGGCCCAAGUCGUCUACUCAAGUAUGAGACCAGCCACUAGAGACGACAACCAAUCAUAUCCAACCAGUGUCUCUUGUAACUUUACGCUUAACGUGACUUUGUUUGUAAAUAUUCUUGCCAAAUAUUUAUACUUUUUUUUUCUUAAUGAAUAUUCUAAAAGACGGAAAUGAAGGGGUUUUUGUACCUUUUCAUGUAUAGUUCAGUAGCUAUUCUUUAAAGGUAAAUUUUUGUAUAUUUGGUGCUACAAAGUACAAUAUUUGUCCAUUUUUAAAAGAUUUGUCAUGGAAAAUCUAUUUUCACGUAGUUAGACAAAAUAUUCUAGUUGAAAAUCCAUCUUGAAACACCUCGUUACCUCAUAGAUGUUUAAUAAAACAGAUAUAAAGUAGGAUUAAAGGUUCUUUUAUUAGAUAUGCUAUAAAAAUAAGUAAUUUAUUAUGAGUGAGUCAAUAGAAUAAUGUUCAUUGGUUAAAUAGCCAUAUCACAAAAGUUUUGAAAUCAAAAUCCAAUUGAGUUACUCAUAAAUUAGCAAAUUUAUUUCAUGCUUUUAUGCUAGACUUGAAGGCAAAUUUCGCUUACUGUCAUCGAUUAGAUUCACCAUUAUGUAAUUAAAUUUAAAAGAAUUAUUAAUUUUACGCUGGGGUUCUUUCUCGUAGGCUUAUUUGUGUGUUGUAUAUAUGUCGAUCUCAAAGGGCUUGUUGAUUACUUAACAUUUAAGUGUGCAAUAUUUUAAAAUAAUGUUAAAGUUGAAAAAAGCUGUGCACAAAAACAUUCAUGUGCUUCAUACUCUGUGCGUGUUGUACAUUUCCCUUAAAUGAGGCCUAAACGUAGUCAUUUCAUCUUUCUUUUUUUUUUCCAAAUGUUUAAUGUACAAUAUAAUUAUAAUUGUAAAGAUAUUAAAUUGUACUUGUAUAUUUAUAAGAAAAAACUAUUAUAGAGAUAAUCUAAUUUAUUGUUACUUUUAAACAAAUGAAAUGUUAUAUAAACAAUUUUAAAUAAAAUUAGUUGUUAUAAUAAUAAAUGUAAGGAACAAGAGAAAAAUGUUGAUCUAAUGAGCUGAGUUUAUUUUAUGAACUAUAUAAAAACGAAAUUUUAGCAAAAGAACAAAAUCGUCGGAGUUGUAAUAUGUGAUAAUUCAUAUUUUUUAAAAAAAGAAUCUUAAUUAAAUAAUAUUUUGAAUUAAAAUAAA